AGCAACGGGGCUUUGGUUGAGGAGGAGGACACCAGCAGGGAAGAACAAUAUCAAGUGCCAAAAUGUCUGGGUCUGGAAGAAAACAGAUUUUUUUCAUGCUGUUUUUGCAUGACCCAAAAUGUCUGCCAUGGAAGCCCUAGCGUCACAGAUUUCGAGAAGCUUCCGCAUUGCUUAAUCCGCAUGACAAAUCCCCCAUUUUGGUGAUAGGAAGUGGGCGCCUUUUGCUGCCUAUGCAUGAGAGAUUUGUAUGUGUUGUGAAAUGCGCAUCACAAGUUCGUUUCCUUCCAGACCCAGACAUAUUUGCGACGCACAAACAAAAGGUAAAUGCAAAACUGCCGUCAUCGCAGCAGAUGCUGACUGCUCAGUCAACACUCCCGGCUGCAAGGCCGCACCUGCGCGGCGCGUAUCCUGAGUAAAAACGUCCCCACACCAGGGUUCUCAUGCAAAUGUGCAAUGACAGGAACAUUUGUAAUGCGCAGCUGCAAAAAAAGGAAAUUCCAAUCGUGCUUUGGAAUCUGUAAUGCUGUAAAAAGGAUGCGAAAGUGGCUUUCUCAUGCGGCUUCUCUUGCCAAUCAGAACUACACUGCAGAGGGAAACUUGUCAUGCGCAGCUCCGAAUACUUGGAGGUUUGUGUUGCAAGAUUCCCAACUUGACUAUGGGGUAGGGACGUUUUUACAAAUGAUAGCGCGGCAAAAAAAACGACCCCCCAGGUGGAAGAUGAUGUUCCGGCUGUUCAAAGUGCCAGCACACCAUCAGCCGGCACUCGUGCUGAUGCCGCAGAUAUUACAAUGAAAAAUGUCCCCUCCCCAUAUCAAAACGGAAAUCUGUGAUGCAGAUUUGUGGUCGCAAAUCAGCUCUGUGAUGCUAGAAGGCAAAAGAUGCGGACUGUAGCGCUGUCAAGGGUGGGAAAGCCUUGCAGCUCCAGGAUGACAGGAGGCAACUGGAAGUGGGAAAGAGCAUGACAGAUUGCCUGCAAUUUAGGCCGCAGCUUCGUCUCUUGGUCUUCUAGCAAUACAAGUCGAUUUGUGUACUCAAAUACAGCAUCACAAAUUCGCGCAUCUUCCGUUUCCGAUAUGGGGUGGGGGCUUUUUUCACUUUGAUAGCAGAAGUUGUCGAGCCUCCCAUCCGGACGUCGGUCUUCGCCCCUGGAAAACAACUACUGCAACACGACGACGCUGGUGCUGCGCAGGCGAUCAUGAGGGGGGACGGUGAAAAAAUCAGCUUCGUUAUCCUGUGUAAAAACGUCGUUCCCACCCCAUAGUCAAGGUGGGGAAUCUGCUACACAAAUCCACAAGUUUUGGCUGUCGAGCAUGCCAAGUUCUGGCUCGUAGUGUAAUCUAUCCUGUUCAUUAGGUAGUGCAAGAACUACCGCAUGACAAUUCUUAUCCUAAUUCUAGCAUGACAAAUUCCCAGAUAGCAUUUAGAGAAUGGCUCGCAUGGGGCCGCGCAUGAGACACAUUUUAGGCUUGCGGAUUUGCAUGACAGCCAUCGGGUGGGGACAUUUUUACUCAGGAUAUUCGUUGUGCCCGCCACCAGCAGCACGACCUUGAUGAAAACGACGAUGCAAGAUACAUCCUCGUCUACUUCUCCCGCUCAGGAGGCUACAACCCACCACCCGUCUCUGCGGGGAAGCAAACCGAAGAUGUAUUACCGUGAAAAAUUAUGCCCCCACCCCCAAAGUUGCAAGAAUUUGUGUAUGCGACGUUUCCAAAAGAAAACUUUUUGUCAUGCAUGAAAGGAAUAUGAAUCUUUGUGAUGCAGAGUCUAGGCGUAAGUAUAUAGCAUUGCUUGCAUGACAAGCGCCGCUCCUGCUGGCGGGAUCUGUUUCAAUACAAAUCUUCGCUAUUCACGAUUGGAAAUCUGUGAUGCUGCUAGAUGCAAGAAGGCGAGUGUUUCUGUUGGAAAGGUUUGCAAUACAGAUGCUCCCAAGUUCGGGGGUGGGGGCGUUUUUCAUUGUGAUAAGAUGGGGAAGAAGUUUGCGGCACCGACCGGCGAGGCAGAUGAAGAACCAGAGCUGAACUUUCCAUCCACCCCAAGCGGCCAAAGUGCUGGCUCAGCGAAGAUCUUGGUCGUGCCUUCGGAGCAGCCGACGACGCCCACCUCGUCCGACGACCAUCUGAGCGUAUGCAUUCCAAAAAUGUCUGGGUCAUCUGGAAAAGUGGACCUUGUGUUGCAUGUCUUGCAUAAUUCCUGAAAAAUCUGUACUGCACAGCCAACAAGAUCAAGAAAGCGAAAGUCGCCGCCUUUUGAUCAUGCAGAAACGAAGUUUGUCAUGCGUGCUACGCACCAUGAGAAUGCGAAUGCGUCAAGUAAACUUGUUUUCAUGCUUGCCUGCGCUUGUUCACGAGGGCGCCAGAAUUAUCCUUACUUAUAGCAUCAAAAGUUCUUCCCAGACCCAGACAUGUUUGCAUUUGAUAGAGUGCGACCAAAAGCCAAAACGUGGACGAAAAUGCCCGGAAGUAUCGUGAGAAAAAACUAUGGUCUCAGGCUCAAACCUUUGCAGUGGACUCAGCAAUACAGAUUUGCGAAGCAAGAAACAAAAAAUCUGUGAUGAGUUCGGACAGCAAGCAAGAGGAAACACAAAGAGGAAAGACGUCUUUCUUGGAUCUCCAGCAUGCCAAGAAACUGUCUCUGAAGGAACUCGCGCAUUGCAGGUUGAGACUGAAGAGACAGUAGUUUUUUCUGACGAUAGGAAGGAGCUGGCCGCUACUGGUGGUGCUGGGCCAUCGCACACCCGACCGUCGGUUGCCGCGUACGGCGAAGAAGGCGAUGCUGUCUUGGCAUUGCAGGGCGUUGUAUGGAUUCCAAACUUCAAUGUCUGGGUUCACUUCUGCUCGAUAAAGCUAAAAGUUCUGCUAAGCCUUGUUGCAUCUGCAUGAGAAAGCAGGAGUUGCUUUUUGUACGGUAUAAACGCAUCACAAGUUGUUCACGUGGUCUUAAUGUUGCGAGUUCAUUCGUAUCUAGUAUGACAAGCUGAGCUUCAUCACAGCAUGAGAAAAUAAAACUGACUUCGCCGAAUUCUUUUCAUGCAAUAGUACAGACCUGAGUGUACCCCUCACGCAGCCUCCGCAUGACAAAUCCAGACGCAGAUCGAAAAUGCAUACGUGGGACAACUGGAUCAGGGACCGGAAACUAUCCCAGAGAAAGAAGCAGACAGGGCAGAUUUUUCAUGCAAAAAUAAAUACACGAAAAAAUAAAAAUCUGUCAUGGGCGGCCCCAUAGCAUGCUGCUUCGGAUAUGCAGUGCACGUUUUUUAUUUUUUGUGUAAUUUAUUUUUGACGUGCCUGCUUUUUGUUUUUUCUGUGUGAUAGGAACUGAUGGAAAACCGGAUGACCCGAUUUAUGGCUCGCUCAGGUGAUGAGGUGACAAUCAAGCUCAACUAUGACAAUAUGUCUUGCACGAACAGCAUGAAGUAGAAAAUAGGGACCUUUCAUCUUGCAGUUUUCGCAAUACAAAUUUUCGCCUUUGCAUGACGAAUCUCCGCUUUCAAGAUGAACAGCGUAGCUGCAGUAGAGAUCGUCACACAAACUGCUGUGCAGGUUCUAUACGAUUUUGCAGCUGCACGAGGUCGUGGACAACUUUUCCACAAGCCGACGGCCUAAAAAGCCCCCCUUCAAGCCCCGGCCCGCCAGCGCCCCAAAUUGGGCGCCCAUUCGAAGCGCAAUUCUGAAGCCCUCUCAUUGGGGCCGCUUUCGGAGGCCUUUGGGGCAACCCUUGGGGGGCCACAAUGGCGGCCCGGAUGGCCUCCGGAUCACCCCCCCUGGAUUUCAUGCAGCCCCGAGCUAACUAGGCCCCCCAAGGAGGCCUCUGAAGAGGCCUCCGGAAUGGGGCCGGCGGAGGUUGCCCCGGAAGGACACCAGCGAAGGUCGUCGGGGCCACAUAAUCUCGGGCCCCGGGUCGAUUGGGGUGGCUUGCUGGCAUAUUGGUCUUCCGCCGGUUGCUUGGCGGCAUUCGGAAUAUUCGCCGAACGGAAGGCGCCACGCACCGCUACUUGGCGCAGCCGGACUGCGCGCUUCCUGUUUAAAGGGCGUCGCCGCCGUGGCCUUCUGCGGCCCGCCACGAAGGGGCCGGCCUCGCCUUGCCGGCGCGCCGGGCUCAUGAGGCGGCCGCGAGGUGCAUCUUGCCGGUGGGGCGCGUGGCGGCAUUGGUAUCCGCCCUCAUGCAGGCCACGGCGCCCCGGCUGACAAGCAGAACCAAGCUGAGCGGCGCAUGCGGGGCGACCGGGCCUUGCCUCGGUGGAACUACAUGCAAGCGCGCCAGAUUGUGGCGGGGCUCGGCUAUUAAGCCGCGACGCGUCGCCUUUCCUUUGCUCAGAACUUUGGGCGGCGGGGGGAGGCGAAGUGGCCCCGGGGUUUUCGAAAUUGCAUCGCGGAAUGCGCCACGAAGGAUCGCGGCAGGGCAUUCUUUUGCGCGCCGUCCGAAUUGCCUUCCUGGGGCUCAGUGCUAUCGCAUUUAUGCGCGCCAGCUCGGGCGACCCUAUUCUCAUAUCGGCAGGGCAUUAAAAUCGGCGGCAGUGCCUGAAGACUAGCAAAAAAAAAAAACUAUGACUUUUGAAAACGCGACUUUAAGCGCGCCAUACGAUUUUGCAGCUGCACGAGGUCGUGGACAACUUUUCCACAAUAGCUUCCGAGCGAGGCUGGGCCCCAUUGCAAUGAAUGGUGGCCCGGGGUGGGGGGGACAUCAACGACAAGUCAGAUUUUGCGCCCAAGUGCCAUUUGCGCCCAAGUGCCAUGCUCAGGCACAUCUCGCGCGCCAAGUGCCAUGCGCCCUCGCAUGAUGCCCACACUCCUCGAAAUUGCAGACGGCGCGCGGCAUGGCGAUGGAGGGCGUCGCGGCGGUGUGGUUGUUGUAGGCAGUCAGACUCAUCAUGAGUUUGAACGCGCGCCCCACGGCAGGAGAACGCCGGGCCACGCGCUGCAGCCACCAUGGCGCCAUUGUUGUUGCGGAGGCAUAUCCUUCCAUACGCAGGCGCCUGCAACAGCAGAGAACUGCGCCCGGCAGCCCUUGGCGCCCGGGCGCGCAACCUGCCUGUCACCCGGUGGGUGAUUUGUCUCGAGUAGGCCGUGCCAUCUUGUGUUGAUGGUCAGCGGGUCGCGCGGAGUAUGUAGAAUCGAAGGGAAUCUGGUCCCUUGUUGCCCGACCCCCCCCCUUUCGUAUUUGGCCUGGCCCGUUAGCGCGUGUCUUGUCGCUCAUGAAACAGACCGCGCGCCGUGGUUUUGUGUAUCGCGGCACCGCUUGUCCGGUUCGUGGGAUCAGGGACGCGCGCAAACAGGUUUCGCAAUAAAACCAGCUUUGGAAGGCAAUUGAAUUGCCUUCAAAAUGAGGAAUGCCUGAGGUUUGUCACACCAUAAGCUGCACGAGGUCGUGGACAACUUUUCCACAAGAACAUAUCCAAAAAGAAAAGUGUAAAGUAUAGGACGAGUUCUUGUUGCACAUCAUUUCAUUUUUUUGUUGUUGUGAAGCAGUAGACUUCCGCAACGCGACAAACUUGCUCUGCAUGUUGACAGAGAUGAAAACUGCUUGCAUGCUCAAUGCAGAGAUCUUACUUGAUACGGGAAAAGAAACAAGCACGAAUGGUGGCACGUAGCUCCCAAUGAUCAUUUCCGGCACGACAGAGGUUCUUGUGCUUGUCUACCUUGAUGCUUGUGGUUGUCCUUGAACAUAAUUUGUAAUUGUAGCACUUACUACACUUUUUUCUUUGCAUACAGAUACAACACACGGCGGGGAUGAAACUACUGCGGCAGCAUCCGCCUCGUCCUCGGGUACUACAGAAAUUUUUUUGGCUACAUGUAUGAAUGGCCCGCCGCGCAUUGGUACUAGAAUCUCAAACGUGUACAACAGAAUGCAGAAUUUGAAUUUGUCUUGCAUGAACUAGGACACCAGCAUGAGAAACAUACAGAGUCUUGCAUUUUUCGCAAUACAAAUUUUUCCAGAUUCCGCAACGGCGCACGACUUUCUGGACCAGGAAAAAUUCGAGCAGGAACGCGACUACGAAAAUACUAUCCCAGAAAAAAACUUUCGUUUAUAGUGAGCGUAAACGUGGUAAAGUAAAAGCACUUUGAGUUUGAUCUUGCAUGAUUACCACAGUUACAGGGUUACAAUUUGCGGUACACCCUUACACAAAGAACGCAGUUUUUUUCUUGGAUACAGGAAAGCAUGCACCUCCAAAGCAAGACUGGUAUACUAGUUUUUUUACAGCGUCACAGCAGCUACUUCAAGAGGAUGAACAAAACAGACAAGCUUUGUCAUGCGCCCAUGCCUAGCUUCGCGCGUGUUUCGCGAUUCGCUUUUUACUUUUGCUCUUCGCAUAGCAGAUUCAACUUGUCAUGCAGGGCUAACAACCAAAGCAAGUAGCUAAAGAAAUGUCGAUAAUCGUGUACAGGCUGGGGCCACGACGCGAAGGCGGGACGAGAGCGCACGCCAGCUGAAGAAGGCCUGCUGCCGCGGAUCCAGCACUUUUUCGGUACCGUGUCCGCCUAUCCACAGGAAAAAAAAUGCGUUCCUGUAUGAAUGUCAUGCGUGGCUCGGACGUGAAAACAAAUGAAGCUAGCCUAUGACGCAUCAUUUUUUCCAGCAUGUUGUUGUUGACGAGCAUCAUUGUCUGCCAUCGCGUGCAGGUGCGCAAAUUUCCAGUUUUUUUCUUGCAUACAGUUACAAUUGCGCCGGCGCACCACCUCUGGACGUUUUUCCACUUCCUCUUGGCGGCCGCGAUCGUGGUGUUUUUUACCGGCGUGCUGUGGAUGUGCUGUGUGAAAAAUCGCAAGGGGGGAAAGAAUAUCAAGUGCAAAUAACAUGUCUGGGUCGAAGAGUUGUUCCAAAUCCACCUCCUCCAAAUUGUGAUGCUAAAAAUUAUUCUGCUCCUGGAGAAGAUAAGAAAAAUCAAAAUCUGUAUUUUUGCGCACUGGCAGUUGACAAAAGUUGCCCGCCCCUUGGCAUUUAAAGAGGAUACUUUCUCGGGCGGUGAGGUAGUAUCUAGGCAUUGAGGAGCCAUCGGAAAGUCUUGAAUGCUUUACGUACAUUUUAUUUCCUGCGUCCGAAGCUAGUACAGUACUUGCGGCGACGAUGCAAGGGUUUUUUAUGUGAUGCAGCCGGGUACUAUGCAUGACAAACAAACGCGGCACUCUUCCACACACAGGAGUAAGUAGACAUAUUUGCAAGGCAUGAAGGAGAAGGAGAAUAAAGUCGACGAGAGCAGCACGGGUUCACUUCCCGAUGGUGGUGGUGAUUCUACGUCUGCUCAGGAAGCUAUGGCGUUCUCAAACGUUACCUUCUCAACUGUUACAUUCUCAACUGUUACAUGAAUUUGUCAUGCCAAAUUGCAAUUAGCCUCCAGUUGAUCAAGGUGCUGAGCAUGACAAAUUUUCGAGGGGCUACAUAGCAUGAUAGCCCGUCCCAAAUUUGUAAUGCAAAACGCGCAUGGAGGCAAUCUUUGCGCUUUCACUUUUGCUGUUCUUGCAUCACAGAUUCGUGUAUUAGUUGAGAAUGUAACGUUUGAGAACUCCAUAGAAGCCGCGCCGCCAUCCGCGGCGGCUGUGCAGGAUGCUGGAAGACGCGAAAGGGCUGUCCCCGCGCAGGACGAAGCCGUGGGCGAAACGAAAGACAAAUGCUGAGACGACUUCUGAAGGUGGAAGUUACUGAGGAGAUGGAGAACACACGACUUUUAGGCAUUGCAAAUGAAUGUGUCUGGGUAAGCUGAGUCUGUGAUGCGAGAUCUGAAGGACGGCAAGAUCUGGAAUGCAUGAAUCAGGAUCUUCAGAUCAUUGGGCGAUUUUUUUCUAGUCGUGCUGGAAGCCAGUUGGUCAUGCGUUUUCCGGAUGUUGAAUCCGCAAGAACAUCACGUGCGAAAAGCUUCUGAUGCUGUAAAAAUUGUGCCGUGGUACAAGUGGCUACCCUGGGAUGAUGUUGUGUGUGACUAUAGCAGCAACGCAAGUUUCCAGGCCCUGACGUAUUUGCAAUCGCAUGACCGUUCUUCUUCUGCUAAGGGGGCGGUAGUUAAUAAAGGAGAAGAAAAAGUAGAAGUACUGUACAGUAGGAACAAGGAAAAACAAAAAGCAAAAAGAAAAACUUAAAACUUGAGAAACGAUUUACAUGUUAACAAGAACCAAUAUAUAAAAAGACAACGCUUGUCGCAGAGAAAAAACGAAGACUAUUAUAUGAUGACAUCUUUAUUCUUAACCGAUUUGCAGAGAUGAGUUUUACAAAUAAUACACUUUGUUUUACUGUUUACACAUUUUAGAUCGCUUUUGGAUCACCAACUCGACCAAGUAUCCGACUGCACAAAGCCCCCUCCUCGUGUUUCUCACUUGUCCUGCAAAAUGCAAAGCCCGUCCUUUGCUUUUUCUCGGCUGUGCUUGCAUGAUAAAAAGGCACUGGAGUUCUUAUAGUACAUGGCAUAGAUGAUAUUGCCCAAACUGCACGUCCACGUCUUACGCCGCGCCUGUACGCGCUUUGUCGUGCGGGAAAAACUCCGAUUGUAGCUCGCGAUUGCUUUCCAUGGUGCCCACGUUAUAUAUACAAAUGCAGGGGAUGAGCAUGAGGGACGGUUUGAGGGGGGAUGGUUUCACAAUGUCAUACGAAGAUAAAUUUUAAUUAUACAACUCCGGCGUGCAUGUCGAGUGCACAGCUUCAUCAAGCAUCCUUUUUUUAAGUAUCUUCCCGAAGAUCAAAUAAAAACUUGUUUCGCAUGAAAAAUGAAAAUUCGAAGGCAAUCCUGCUGAUUGGUAUGGCAGUACCAAGUACUGUGACUGUCAAGACGGAAUAAGCAACUAAUGUGAUGAUAGUAGAGUAAACAUGUUUAAUGAACGAGUUGUACAAAUCAACAUCAAAGCGGAAGGACUACCCGUUGUAAAGACCACCAGCUAAACCUAAACAAAAUGAAUGAGAAUGAGUGUGAAAAACUUACUUUACCCGUACCCCGAGAAUGAACAAAACCUUAGCAAACGAAACUCGUCCACCAGCAGCAAAAGAACGGCAAUAUCCUUGCAUUUAUUUACGGGUCCUUCACCCUAUUUUAUCCGAAUUCGAUCAGACAGAGGUGGUUGGUGGAGUAUUCGCAUUAUAUGCUUGUACUAGCGCAAGUAGAUUUAUUUUGAGCGGCACUUCUUGUAGAAGCUGCAGACGUGGGGAAGAUGAAGGCACGAAUAAUUCCAAGUUCGCCGCCGCCGCCGCCCGUAGGUCAACAUCUAUAGCAGCUGUUGUAAGUACCACCAACUAACCUACUUGUUUCCAGCUGCAAGAACCACCACGAUUGACAAAAAAUGUGUAUUGUAUCGAGAUGAACGAACAUCAACGGUGCUGCUGACAUCAAUGGCGACCUAAUGCUGAAUCUAUGUAUCUACUACUGCUGUUGUAACUGUACACGAACAUGAACACUAGCAGCCCUUCUUUGUUGCAAAAAAAGCACAAGUGAAGAGGAAGAACCACGGCAGCGG